AUGAGGAAUACAAAGACGACUUCUUUCAAAUCGAAAUUUAAGAACACACAAGAAACGAUUUUUAAUCUAGAUGAACACGUUGAUGAUUUCGUUGCUCCGCCUAUAGAAGCUGAUCCAGUCCCAAUUAAUGUUGAUACUACAAGCCAAACAAAUGUGAAGAGGACCUACCAUACCAGAUCAACACCCGUGAAAGAGAAUAUCAGUACUCAACCUACAGAAGGUGUCAGAAGUGAACCAAAUGAUAUGAAUAUUGUUGGAUCAAGCAAAAUAAAGAAACAUAGGAAAACAACUUCAAGAUCAGAACAUGGAAAGAACAACGUAUAUUCUGGGAAAUCAGAGGUUAACAAAGAUAAAGAAGACAUAAUACCAAUUGAGCACAAGUGUAAGAAGGCUAAAAAGGAAAGGUUCUGCUAG